AUGCCGACCUUUAGUGCCAUAGCAUUGGAUAGGUUGUUAGAGCCUGGAGGUUCCAGGCCUGUUGAGAGAUCUGCUCCGUGUUCGAUGCCUCUGCAAAACUCACAGAAUGGGAGGAAUGCUAAUGCACCCUCUCCAUUUCCUCCGUCACCAUACAUCAUUAACCAUAAGCGACGCAGCCCGCGCCUCCUCAAGAGCACUUCAGAGGCCAGCAUACUGGCUGAGCGGAAUGUUCUCCAGGAUUGUGAAAAGCCUUUUGGUAAGAGCUCAGAUAUGGUGAUUUUAAAGGAGCAAGGUGACAGUGUUUAUCACUUUGAAUAUGAUAGCAGCAAGAAUGGUGACUUUGGGACUGGACACAGGGAAAGUGGGAGUAGUAGCAUUACAAAUGAUUUACAGGUACCGACAAUGAAUUCACAAAGAGGUUUAGAGAUUGAAGAUUUCUUCGAUCCAAAUGAAUCAAUGACUUUUGCAAGUAUUACAGAUGUUGAAGAUAAUGCUGGGCAGAACUGUCUAUGA